AUUCCUCUGCUGGUGUGAUAUACUCAGAGUAUAAUCAAGUUCGGAAUAUUUGAGUACCACACUCGUGGAAGCCUCCCCCCUCAAAAUGCUCGGCCGUCUAACUCACUACGCAUUCGAUGCGGUUCUUCUCUCCGCCUUCCUAGCGGGCGUCAAGCGCUCAACUGGCCUAACUCUCAACUCCGACAAAAUCACCGAUAACAAGGACUUCAAGAAGUGGAUUGAUAAUUACCUUGGUGUGGGCGAGUGGGUGAUGGAUCAGUCUGUGGCGGUGUUGGGUUCUACGAGCUAUUUUGAGCGCAGACGGUAAUCAGCGU